AUGGAAGAGACAGAUGACAUUCAGAGCUGCCAGGAUAAGCAUGAAGAGGACAUCCCAAAGAGUUCCCUAUUUGACUUUGCUAUAAAACACUUCCAAGGGAAGAAGUCCUCUCCUGAAAAAAGAAAAGAGCAGCCUUCAGCCAUUCAAAAAUUCUUCAGGGGCUUUGACUUUGGGAAAUCUGAAGGCAAGGACAGAAAGGAAAUUGAAGAUACAGAAAUAAACAACUGUGAAGGUGAUGAUCAGAGUGAGAAGGAGGAUCUCUCUGUAGAAGACGGACUUUCACAUCUCAUUUCUGAAGCGGAGUCACCAUCUGGUGAGCAGAGAUUUAACCAGUUCAUGCAGAAACUGGGCAAGAAACCUAACAGCAAGAAUCUGGAUCUAAAUAACUGUGCAUUAACUGCAGCAGAUGUAUCGGAACUGGCUUCUUUACUGCCAUUUCUCCCAGAGCUGGAAGAGAUCAGCCUGUCCUGGAAUGGUUGCGUUGGUGGGACUUUGAAAGCUCUCACUGUUCAUCUUCAUCAUGUGAACCUGUUAAAAGUCCUUCGACUUAACAACUGUGGGCUGACAGCUGAGGAUGUCACCUCCUUAGGAGAGGCAUUUGAAAUUGUUCCUCAACUUGAAGAACUGGAUUUAUCGUGGAACAGUAACAUAGGUGGAAAACUAUCACUCCUGACAAAAAAACUCCAGAAAGGAUGCAAGAUAAAACUUCUGAAAAUUACAGACUGUAACCUGACAGCAAAGGAUGGAGAAUCCCUUGCUGAAAUUCUAAAUGUGAUCCCAAACCUCGAAGUGUUAGAUCUCUCUAUCAACAAACACAUCGGCUGCAGCAUGAAGGUUAUUGCUCAGGAUCUGAAAAAUGUGCCAGGCUUGAAAGAGUUAAACUUGCACAUGUGUGGAUUAAAGCAAGAAAGCCUCCAGGGCUUAGACACUGCUUUACAGCACCUUGCCGAGCUAAGAAAAUUAGACAUAUCGUGUAACAAAGAGAUUGGUGGUGGCUUUAAAGACGCAACAGCUCAUUUGGCCAGCUUGAAAAAUCUCGAAGUCCUUGAUCUCCACCAGUGCUGUGUAACAGAAGAGGACAUGACUGUUUUGUCCCAGGUGAUACCUUUACUCUCCAGCCUCCAAGAGCUGAAUUUAUCGUCGAAUAAAAAUGUAGGAGUCUCAUCUGAUCCUCUUCUGAGCAGACUCAGGUUUUUACAGAAGUUGAAAUCUGUGGCUGUCAGCAAUUGUGGUUUAGGCGAAGAGUCGUUUUCAUCACUAGCUGAGGCUGCCCUUCACCUUCCUGGACUGGAGAUAUUAGACCUUUCUUGGAAUAAGUGUGUUGGUGGGAACCUAAAGCUGCUUUUGGGAGCGCUAAAGCUUGCAACGGAGAUUCAAGUGUUAAGACUGAGCAGCUGUAACUUGGUGGCUGAAGAUUUGGCACUUCUAACAUUACUGACGCGGGAUGGCCAUCUAGCCAGAUUACAGAAGCUGGAUUUGAGUUAUAAUAACAACAUCUCUGAUGAAGGGUGGGUCGUUUUCUGUCAAGGCUUAGCAGUACUCAAAGAACUCUCAGAGCUGGAUGUCAGUCUUCGCCCAUCAUCCUGGCGUGACUGUGGGACGUGGUUCAGCGAGUUGUUAGCAGCGCUGACAAAGCUGCCUGCCUUGGCAGAGCUGGGGAUGCAAAGAUGGGUCCUUUCAGAAUCGCAGCGGAAACGACUGGAAAGCUUUAAUCAAGACAACAAAAGAAACAUUCGUUUUGACUGUUGAUGGAGGUUGAAGGUUUCUGGAAGGCCUGUCACAAGCAGCACAUGAACUGAGUAUUAUGUGUCUCUGACUUAGAAGACUGCCCAGUUUUUAGUAAUCUCGUCUCAUGAGAGCUGUUGAAAUAGUUCCAUAAUUACAUAAAACUGCUAUUUAACCUUCU